AUGUUGAUUCCGAGGUAUACGGACAGACAGUCGAGUUUAACGAUUGUGACGAAAAUCAGUCCAAAAUCCAGGAAAGCGCGCCAUGCCAUGUCAGUACCCAAAAGCUCCGACGUUACCUCUGAUCCAAAGAUAACCUAGCAACAUGACAACUUUCAAGAAACAAUCCCUAUACAAAUCCCACCAUGGGAUUCUUUCAGACUCCAGCGAGUACCAAAAGGUUAAGCGGUCUCACAGAUCUGAAAUGUCACGUCAGCCAAAAGCCGUCAUGUCAACAUCUAAAGCGCCCACCAAUAAUUCCCCUGACAGGAAACCGAGCAGCAAUGAAUCCCGGCUCUGAUGUCUCAUAAAAACCCUCAGAAACAGCAAACACAGAGCCUGUAAGUCACUAAUAGAAACAUGGAUAUAUGACUAAAGCAGCGACUGCUCACCUUUCAGUGAUCGUGAUACCUAUUCGGAUGCAGAUGAUGCCCUGCGAAGCUUGCCCUGGCAACAACUGCCCAGAGAAAUGGAAUUUAUAACAUAAACAGGCCUAAGGGCGGUCGCGUUGAUUGACAUUAACCAGACUUGUGAACCUUCCUGAAGGAACUCGUAUACUAUAGGGCUGAACUUGCAUGCAAAAAUGUGUUUCGAAUAUUUUAUAUGCUCAAAUCUGUGAUCUUUCAGUCAGCGUCAUAAUAUGAAAGCUUUUGUCCUCCA